GUUUGCACUAAGUUACAGUGAUUAAUUUCAUUAUCUAGUUUUAAGUUUAAGUAAGUACCCACUGAAUCACUGUAUUCACUAAGAAUGAGUAAUGAUGAAAUGAAAUACAUUGUAGAUAUAAAUUAUUUUUAUUCAUUUUUUAAUAAUGUGCAAACAUAAAUAAUUUUAAAUAAUAAUAGAUUCGUCAUAUUUUACUUUUGAUUUUUGCAGUGCUUCUUGCCAACUCGGCGAUCGACUCAAACUUCCGGCUUCUGCUCGUGGAAGAAAACGAUUCGCCGGUGAAAUUUGCAGCCGGUUAUUGAUAAUUUUCAAUGCGAUGGCAAAGGUUAUCAUGAAAACUAGAGUUCUAACUCUACUGCUACUGCACCUCCUUAUAUCGGUGUUUGGUAAACUGAACCAAGACUCAAUCGAUAAAAAUCUUGUGAACUCCAAAGUCGAGAGGAAAAUUGACAUAGCCACCCACUUGGUAAAAACAGUAACAUCCAUAACUUUAGAAAAUAAAGGCACUUCAGCAAUACGGUCAUUUCUUUUUGCUCUAGAUCCAUCACUGAAAGAUAAUUUGUCUUUCUUGAGUGCUGUGGUAAGUAGACAUUUAGUUUAUUUAAAUCACUCUUUAAUUAGGAAAGGCCACUACUUGAAUUAUAGGCCUAAUUAUUAAUUUACAAACUUGGGUAAACAAAUAUUAAAAUAUCAGUUAGGCCUAUGCCUAUGAAGAGUAAUCGGUAAAUGCAAAGAGAAUGUGCCAUGAUGUUUUCCAUGGCUGUCAUCUUGGUUGACACGACACAUGAAAUGUCUUGGGUCGUGGCAACCAAGAUGGAGGCAGUGUAAAAUUUAAUGAAAAAAUUCCGCCGGUGCAUAAAUUUUGUGGUGAAGGUAGUUUCUUUAUAGUAUCCUUUGAGAUAUGCGGCAAGGAGCGCUAAUGAUCUGCAGUGUCUCCCUUUGCUCAUGUAAUUCAGCCGGUACAUAAAUUUGUAGCUACGUUAUUGUAUCCCUCUAGAUAUGUGUCAACGACCUGCAAUCUGCCCUUUUCAUUAUCUAAUUUCAGCCGAAACACAUGCUAAAUAGUCAUGAAAUAAUGAAAGCCCAACUUACAGUAUUCAUGGAAUACCUUUUUAAAACUUUAUUUCCAUUGAAAAGAAUAUCCAGACAAUAAAUAAAAUACAAUGCCAUCAGUGCCUAAUAUAUUUUCAAAUAUGGCGGAAAAUUUAUAUAUUAUAAUUACCCAACCAAUGAAAUUAUAAAAUUAUAAAUAAACAAUCAAUAAAAAUUUCAUUCAAAACAUUCCAUCGUCAUAUUAAGGGAAAUUUAACUCUAGUAACAAAAGCAAGGGGAGUGAUUCCAAAAACAGGUACUUGAUUAAAAUACAUAGAUGCUGUGAUGGCGAAAACCCUUUUGCAUUGUCCCGGUAAUCUACCACUUGAGUGUUGAGCAUAUCUGUUUAAUCUGCACAGCCCAUUGUAGACACCACAUGUCAUACUGUUUUUUAAUAGGUAUCGACGCACACCAUCGUAGUGCUGAAUUAUGGCUUUGACAAAGUCGACAGUAUUGUGGACAGCUGCCAUACUUCUUUGUUGCAUAUCUGAUCAGUAUCAAAACUUCGUGCAUCGCCACUGUUGUGGUCUCUCAUUUAUUUCUUCCUGACAUAUCUGUAGCUUAGUAAUAAUUAUUAUUACUUCGAUACACUUUCAAGGAUAGCAGUGAGGGAAUCUGGUUACACACCAGAGCUGAUGGAGGACUUUUCAACACUGCCCGCCUCCGAGCCAAGACCAAAACGACAGAUGUCCUAAUUCGCGAGCUACUAUUUGCGGAUGAUGCGGCUCUAACCGCACACACAGAAAUUGGUUUGCAACAACUCGUGUCAAGCUUCUCCAAUGCCUGCAAAGAAUUUGGUCUGCAAAUCAGCUUGAAAAAGACAAACAUCAUGGCCCAAGACACUCGACCUCCACCUAACAUAAAAAUCGAUAACGAAAACUUGGAGGUUGUGGACAGCUUCACCUACUUGGGGUCCAAGGUCUCCAACACACUGUCCAUUGAAGAAGAAAUUAACAGCAGAAUCGGCAAGGCAGCUGCCACAAUGGCUAAACUAAAUAAACGGGUCUGACAAAACACCAAGCUAACGGAGAAAACCAAACUGUGCGUCUAUCGAGCUUGUGUCAUCAGUACACUACUAUACGGGAGCGAGACAUGGACCACCUAUACAUCCCAAGAGCGCAAGCUUAAUAGCUUCCAUAUGAGAUGCCUGCGUCGCAUCCUUGGUAUUAAAUGGCAAGAAAAAGUGACUAAUAGUGAGGUCCUAAUGCGUGCGAAUACCCAAAGCAUGUUCACAAUCCUUAGUGAAAGACGCCUGAGGUGGCUAGGUCAUGUUAAAAGAAUGAGUCCCGGCCGCAUUCCGAAAGACCUCCUAUAUGGUGAACUUGCUUCGGGAAAGAGGAAAACAGGUCGCCCACGUCUGCGAUUUAAAGAUGUCUGUCAAAGGGACAUGAAAGCAGCCAAAAUACAUACAAGUGACUGGGAGUGUAAGGCAAAAGACCGAUCUACGUGGCGCACAGUUGUCAAAGAGGGCGUCAUGGUAGCCGAGGAGCGAAGAAUGGAAGAGGCUGCAGACAGAAGAGCUAGGAGAAAGGCCAAAACAUUUAGAAGCACGGAACUCAUGUGUAAAAACUGUGGUAAAGACUGUCACUCAAGGAUAGGACUGCACAGCCACUCGAGAAAAUGCAACCCAACCAAACGGUGAUGCACCAUCGUCUCACGAGACGGAAGGAUGCCGAUAGUAAUAAUUAUUUAAUUGAAUUCUGCUAAAUAACAAUAAACAAAAGUGGAGCAAACAAUAUAAGAAUUAUUGUUUAAAUAGCCCUUCAAACUGGAACAAUUGGAAUUUUUUUUAACCGAUGCUCAAGUAGUACAUUACAGAGCACACUUCAAAUAAAAGAAAAUUAAACCAGAAUCAACUUUCUAGCUAUAGUACUUUUUUAAGUUCGUUUGGUAUUUUUUUACUAUGGACUGCACCUCCACAUUUUGUGAAUAUGUGCAAAAGUUGAAAGUUCAAAAUAAGCAGUCCCAAACUACUAAUUAUUCUUUCGAACUGACUGUUCGCACCCGGGUCCGAGAAGUUAGAGGUUGAGAUUAAAAUUUAAAAAUAAAUAUUAUUGUUCGGUUGUAGGACAAAAUUUGGUUUCAAAUGAAAGAUAAUUGAAUGGAUAUGUUUGUAAACUUAAUUCUUCAAUUUAACUAAAAUAAACUACCAAAAAUGACAUCAAUAGCAUUGAGUCUAAAGGGUCCCGGGUCCGAAUAGCGGCGACACGUUUCCAGUUCCAUAAAUAACUGCAACAAAAAAAUAUUUUAAAAUACUAGCAAAUGGCAAAUGCCAUUAAUAACAAGGACAGAAAGGCUAAAACUGUCAGGUCAAAAGAUUAACAAUGCCAAGCGAAAAAAAUGAAUGGCACAAACCCUGUAACUAUCAACCUACAAAAAAAUGCAAAAAUGUGAGUGCUCAUUUCCCUGGCCUAGAAUAAUAUAGAUGGAUCUUUAAUAGCCUGCCGACAGCUAUUAAUGUUGAUGGUGGUGUUGUUGCACAACAUUCGGUGCAUGAGGAUUUAAGGAAUAUGUUAAUGAUGAUAUUUACUAUGAUUUGUAUGCAUUGCUGUGGCUAUAAAGUUUGAUUAGUAAAAAUUGUAAGUUUUUCAACAACUAGAUAUUUUAGUACAGUACCGGUAAUGUUUUUUUUCCCCUCCUUUUUUUUUUAGACCAAGGAUAACAAGGAUGAAAAACUUGAAAUAGCUGAAACAAGUGUAGCUGGACUCAGGUACACUUAAUUAUAAGGAUUGCUUGGCUAAACCCUUAUUUACUUUUACGCUUUUUAUCCACUAGACAUCCAUAUAAUAUGGGAACAAGAAAAAUUCAUGACCACUCCCCCAUUCACUGUGCAUACAUUGACAUUUGUUUACUUCAUUCUUAAAUUGGAUUAAAAUAGCUUUAGUGCAAUUUUUGUUAUAAUUGACCUUUUUUAAAAUACUAAUUUCAAUGGCAAUUUUGUCAGAUAAAUGAUUUUGAUAGCAAUUUAGAUGUAGGUAGAGAUAAUUCAUCAGUUAAGUUUGCUAGCUGCAGUAAUUUAUGUUCCUGUACUUACAUCAACAAUUUGAAAUCAUUAUUGCCAGAAGUGACAAAGUUAUUGAGUUUACAGUCUUAUAUAACUUUAUGUGUAUUGGAAAAUAGCAUGUAGAUAGUUUGUUUUUUACCCUGAGAUAUUUGGAUUAAGUGUUAAGCCAGCUUUUAUACCCAAAAAAUGUUUAUAAUAGUGUUAAGCCAGCUUUUAUACCCAAAAAAUAUUAAUAAACCCGAAAUUUGUUUACUGGUAAAUCAAUCAUGUUAUCAUCCACACAGUAAUAGAUGAAACUAAUAGUGAUUUUUCAAAAAAUUGCAGUGAUAAGAGAUUCUUCAGGAUAUCUCUGCUGUCAGCUUUAGAUGGGGGUAAAUCCAUUGUUGUUGAAGUUGAAGCCAUAUACUCUCAUGUCCUAAAACCAUUUCCAUUGGAGAUCACUCAGGUACAGUGGUGUCUUUAAAUAUGUAAUAACUACUUCUAGGUAUAAAGGUGUAGGUAAAUAUACAUUUGUCGCAAAUGCUUCUACAUAUACCAGUGGCAUAACCAAGAAGAAUUUCCACUAUUAUUUACUAUAGCUUAAUUGGUAUCUAUCUUUAUUUCAACAGGCAGAGAAGCAGCUAGUUGUUUUGGAUACCAAUCUGUUCUUUUACUCACCAUAUCCAACCACUAGCCAAACAACUGUUGUUACCACCACCAAUUCUAAUAUUGAGUCUUACACUAAGACCAAACCCGUGUCUCAGUCUGAUGCUACAAUUAGCUAUGGUCCAUUUGAAGACAAAGCUCCAUUUUCAGAGGUAUGCCUUUUUUGUGUUGCAUCGUGGUCUGGUAUUAUAUAUAUUUUUAAAACAUUCCUCUGAAUAAAAUUAUUUUGCCAUUACUCCGAUUGGGGAUACUUACAGUGAUUUUUUUUUUAUGAUGUUCUUUACUGUCCCUCUUUAACUCUUUCCCACCGGAUCAACGCUCCCAUCGUCGAUUUGAAAUGAAGAUUUCAGCGUAUCGACUAUGGGUUCGUCGAUGUAUAAAAACCUGUUUAUUUCGGUUCUUUUCUUAGCUAUUGGUAUUUAGUUAUUUUAAAUCAAUUCUAGAAUGAUUUCCCUUUCAUAAACAUCCGGUUUUACUGUUGUUUGAACGAAGAACGAAUUGUUUGAAGCGGUUGUUUUGAUUGUCCAUUUUAUUUUUGUUUACAAACAUGAAAUCUUGACCUGACCCAUCUGGUGAUCAAUCUAAUAAAGGUGGAAAAUAUUACUCUGAUGAUGAUUCAGACAGUGAUUUUAUGAUUUCAAAUGCAGAGGCUGAUUCUGUUGAAUCAUAUGAUUAUAAUCCUUAAACCAGGUGGAAAUAUGUGACUAAUGUAUGGUAAAUUUUCCUUUUACUAUUAUAAAUGUUAGUACAUACAAGGAUACAGUGUAAUUAUUUUUUAAAUAGCAACAGGUUGCUUCCAGUGGAAUUAGUUAAAUUUUUUUGCUAAUUUUUUGUGUGGUGGUGACAAUGGAUAAUGUGCUCUGAGGUUUAAUUUUUUCUUUUUUGAAAGUUGAUCUUUAUUAUUUGUGAUGCACAUAUGGAUAUAGUUCAGAAAAAAAAAUUUUUGUUACACUUUGGAUUAUGUAUUUCUCUUCGUGUGACUUGGAAUGAGCGUUUUGUGAACAUUUGGUGAGUUUUUUAAAAUAAAUUUUUAUUUUCCUUAAAUCACAAUCACAUUUAUUUAUUAAAAUUUAAACCCAAAUCUUGUUUGCUUGCAAAGAGCAUGCAUUUCCCUUUAAUUCCAUACCAAUAUUAACAUUUUCUGAUUAAAAACAAAAAAGUUAUGAAGGUUUAGAGAAAACAUAGUAGUGCGUAACAAAAACCCGAAAUAGAUAAUUCCGGAAGAAUGUGGAAAAUAAUUCCGGAGGGAAAGAGUUAACAAUUGCUCUCGUAGUAGACUGGAGUAGACUGAAGAAGGUUGAGAGUUUGCAAAAUCUCAUGGAUUUUCAAAGCUACUUAAAUUUUGGUUCUUCAAUCACUUUUUCCUUUUUUUUGCUCUUCAAAUUAAAGUUUAAAAAAUUAAAAUGACACCCUCACACAAAUCACUGUUUAUACUGAUACAUUAUAAAUAUGCUAGCUCUUUUGUUUAUAAAAUUACCAAUCUAUAAUAAAGGUCAGGGUGUUCAGCAGCGGGUUAGGGUUAGGAUUGGGUUCAGAGGGUCAUUGUCAGUCUUGUUACUGAGAAUUUCCUUGUGUUACUGUAAACUUUGUCUGUUAAAAUAUAAAGUGAUUGUAACCGGCUGUCUAAAUGAUACUAACUAAAGAUAUAGUAUAUAAACUAAUUAAAAGAUAUAAAAAUUUUGGAUAUUUAAGCUGACUAUAUAGUCUGUGUUCAAAUAUUGGUUUUAAAAAUGAUUAUUUGUUGGUUUACAAAAUCAUAUCAGAAGUAAAAAAUGAGUAAAUCUCAGAAUUUUACAGAUUUAAUAAAACUGUCUCUAACAGCAUUUAAAUCAGUAGUUGCUUCACUAAUGAAAAGUAAAUUUUGUUAUCUAUGACAAUCAGUAAAUUCUUAUAUUUUUAAUCACUUUGAAAGAUUAUAUAUAUAUAUAUAUAUAUAUAUAUAUAGAUAUGUCUAUAGAUAUAUAGAUAGAUAUAUAGAUAUAUUUAUAGAUAUAUAGAUAUAUAUCAAGCCUUUUGAGGAUGGAUCGUGAUUUUCAAAUUAACUUUAUUAUUAUUAUUAUAUGUUUUUUAAAUUCAACCUUAGUCGCAGCUAAGAGUCCAUGAGGAAAAUAACAGCCCAUUUCUAACUGUGACCUCACUGGAGCGUGUGGUGGAAGUUUCUCACUGGGGAAACAUUGCUGUGGAAGAGCACAUUGACAUGAGACACACUGGUGCAACUCUGAAAGGACCUUUUUCAAGAUUUGACUAUCAGAGACAGCAGGAUGGUUAUGCAUCCAUUAAAAAUUUCAAGGCAAGAUUGAGACUAAGCUAAUUUUUUUCAAUCUAGUAGCAUAGAAUUAUUAAUUUUGCUUGUUGCCCGGUAGAAUACUUAAAUUUUUAAUAUUUGUUAAUGAUACAAAAAAAUUAUUUUUUUCCUCAGACAUCUCUUCCUGCCUCAGCUCGUGAUGUUUAUUAUCGAGAUGAGAUUGGCAACAUUUCUACUUCCAACAUGAAGGAGCUCGAUGAAUCGGUGGACGUUGAGCUGAGACCAAGGUUCCCUCUUUUUGGUGGCUGGAAGACAAGAUACUACCUGGGUUACAAUGUCCCUAGUUAUGAGUACCUUUAUUAUAAGGGUACGUUUUCAGUGGCAAAAUCUAUAAUUUCAGGGAUUAAACUACAGUUAAAUUUCAUGUUGUCCUUGCACCUAUCUGUUUUGUUGGGAUGUUUGGAUAGCCUAAAAGGCACACUAUUAAUUCCACAAGCUAUUUGCAUUUGAAAGUUUAGUUGCAAUCUAUCCAAUUUGUGAAUGAUGUAAACGUGCUAAAAUGUGCGUGCCGUACAGUGAUUGGGAGAUUAUUUGUGAAUUUGUUCUUGUAUCUGUGUAUUGUGGACUCUGCGUCCACUGGAUAAAAAGGUUAAAAUUAGUCCACACUAAACAGCAUCAUAUCGAUAAAAAGUUUUAUUCCCUGCCCUACUCCCAUUUGAAACUUUGCUCCAGUCUUCUUUAGACAAAGUGAAUCAUAAUUUGGUGCAAAAAAAAUAUUAUUUUUAAAUUAACAGGUGACCAUUAUGCACUCAAGAUGAGGUUUGUUGAUCAUAUCUAUGAUGACAUGGUUAUUGAUGAAAUGCAGCUUAAGAUCAUUUUACCAGAAGGAUCAAAGUAAGUCACUUAUGAUAAGUACAGUUGCAGAAUGUUCUGUACCUUCAUUUGGCAACCUUUUUCCAAUUUAUCUUCGAUUUGGGACUAAUUUCUGAUUUUUACAAAUUGUUUUUACAUGUUAAAUAUCCUAAGACCCAAUAUGGUAGCUAUGUUGUACACUUUUAACAUAGAUAAUCUUGAUACUAUAUAUUGCCCUUUACUGUCCACCAUAACAAUAUAAACAUGUUGAGAUAGAUGCAUAACUUAAAACGUACUUAUUUUUAAAAUAAAUUACUAUUCAAACCAUUUAACUAGUCGCACUAUUCUAUACAAAAUGAAAUAUUCUGUCAGGCCUCUAAAUAUACAAGUGCUUUUUCAAUAUAUUUUUUUCUACUUUGUAAAUACAGAAAUAUUGAGCUGAAAACACCUUUUGACGUUCAAAGAAAAGGAGAUGAGAUUCAUUAUACCUAUCUAGAUACCUUAGGACGGCCUGUUGUAGUUUUAAGCAAGCUCAACCUUGUGGAACAGCACAUUCAAGACUUUGAGGUACUAACACUUAAUAUCCACACAAUGCCAAGCAGUGGUGACCAAUUUAAAUCUUUUUAUCCAUUCAUAUCAACAAGAACAAAUCAUGAUUAAUCUUUUGCUGCACACACAUCCUACCUAGCAUGUUAACUUCAGUCAUAAAUGGGUAAAUUGCAACUUUUAAUGUAAUGAUCUUGUUUUAAGUACCAUGAAGAAUCUAAUAGCAAAUUAGAUGUAAUUUUACAUAAUUCCUUGGUCAAAUAGGCCAGCUGUAGUAAUACAGACUCCUGUAAGUUUACAAAUUAACUAAAGGAAAUUAAUAUUUUCAGACUUUUAAAAGCUAUUAGUUUACCCUAUUUUCAUCCUAACAGUAAAAUCUUGUAGAUAGUGUUUUUUUUUUUUUACUGUUUGUAAUAUUUAGAUGUAAAGUGUUAAAAAAUGUGCCUUACUACCAUAGGAAUUUACAAAACAACUGAAAUGUGUUUAAUUAUUCUGCACAUGGAUGUACCAUAACAAGGUAAACUACUUUAAAAAGAUCCUCCUGAAAAGUUAAUGAAGAUUGUGAAUAUAUAUUAUAUAAUUUUUUUUACUCCGUAAAUCAAUAUGUUCUCAUUUUGCCUUAGCUGCACUACACAUUCCAAAAGUUUCUCCUGCUGCAAGAGCCUUUAUUGGUGGUUGGUGCCUUCUAUUUGCUAUUUUUAGUUGUCAUCAUCUAUGUGAGAUUGGAUUUUGCUAUUACAAAGGUGAGUUUGGGAGAUUUUCAUCUUAUUUAAGUCAUCUUAGGUCUCUAAGAUGUGACAUUGUUAAAAGACUAAAUUAUCACUAGGUAUAUCUGUCAUUUAUGGCAAUUUUUUUUAUUGACCUAUCCAGAAUAAAGCAAAUUCUGUAUAAUAUAAUAAUGUUAUAACAUGAUAUUUUCUCUUAAAGGAUGAAGCCAAAGAAAGUAGAAUGCGUGUAUCUACUUUGAUUGAUGAAGUCCAGAGUGCACAUGAUCGCCGCAGUGCCCUGUACCAAAGUUAUGAUGAUGCCAUCAACAAAUACAAAACUAGCAAAGAUGCCGCUGCCUUGACAUCUAGCCGAAAAAAGAUUGAUGCUGAUUACAAACAGCUGACGCAGCAGAUUCAAAAUUUGCAGGCCCAGCUUAAAGCUGAAGGCUCUGAGGCAGCUGAGAAGGUACCUGCUUAAUGUACUUUCAGAUCAUGUCUAACUGGUGCUCAAAUUCUAUUUUCCAAAUCACCAAGUUGGGAAUCAGACCCUGUCCUUACUGUUAAAUAUUGACAAAUUAACCAAACAAAUUAGCCACACAAAACACAUGAACCCAACAGUAACUAUUACAGGUAUCACAAAUUUUUAAAGUAUUUUCAUGAUCCAUCUUAACUAAACAUCCCCAUCUGACACAUUAUGUAAGGUAUGACCACAAAUGGGAUGCUUUUUGCUUAUAUUUCAAAAAAAAAAAAAAAAUACACAAUUGGGCAAAAGUAGUCUGAUGGUGUUUCCGCCCUCUAUAAAAUUAAGAUUAUAAAUGCCAGUCAGAAGUUUUACAUUUUUCUAUUAAAAUGGGAUAACUAAUUACUUCCUAUUAAUAGUAUAGAAAACUCAAGUAAACAGUUUAUGUUUAAUUUUUUUAAAGCUAUGUUGACAGUUUUUUGUUGUUGUUAAAAGUAACUUUGGGACUCAGAUGUUGGCCCUGCAAACCAAUCGCCUAAUUUAUUUGGAUUAUUCCUUUAUGAACAUGAUUUUGAAAAUAGUUUUGUUAGCAUUAAUGAUGGUAGUGAUAAUUACAAUUUUUGAAAACUAGCACCAGUAGCAUUUCAAGUUUAAAUAGUUGAAGUAGUGGAACAUAGGGUACUAAUUAUUUGACUAUAUAUUUUACAAAGACAUAGGUAGGUCACCAAUGAAUAAUUUUAUAAAUUAAAAUUUUUAAAAAUCUAUUAACCCCAAUAACUUAAUGUUUAAUAUUUAAUGUGUCAGAAAAACGUAUUUAGAUUCUAAAAGGACCUAAUAGUGUUGGUGUGAGUUAAAAAAAGAUAAAUGGUAGCACAGUUUUAUUCUCUAUUGAAAGGUCAUACUGUGUGUGUCCUUGUCUGUACUUGUAAAUAUAAGUUAUAUGGACUCAAUAUCUAUUAGUCUUGGGUAUUUUAGUAAUGUUUAUCAGAGAUACUUCAAAAAAGAGUUGAAACAAUGGCAUGUUCGCAUUUGAAAGUUUGUGGGUUAUUAUAAAUAAAAACUAUAUUGCAACUAAAGGGAAACUUAUGUUUAUCAGAGAUACUUCAAAAAAGAGUUGAAACAAUGGCAUGUUCGCAUUUGAAAGUUUGUGGGUUAUUAUAAAUAAAAACUAUAUUGCAACUAAAGGGAAACAUCAGUUUAAUUUAAUUCACAGGAGUUUUUUUUUAUCCGGGCUGGUAAAGCAAAUAGUGGACAUAAAGGUGUUGGACACAAUCUAUAUAUGAAAAUUUUUAAAUCCAUCUGACUGCAAAGAUUUAACAAAAAAAUUCUGAAUUGGUUAGACUGGCUUGUCAUGCACUGCAAUUUCUUUCUAAAGGUUAAAAUAGUAAUAAAAAUUGUGUGUGCUGAAAUUAAGGAAUGUUUAUUUUGUCUAUAGGUUGCAGAACUGCAGCGUUAUGAUAUCCAGUACAAAGAACAGAUUGGUCUAGCAAUCGCAGCUGCAGAGAAACUCGUGUUAGGGAAGUUGACUCGUCAACAGUACUUAGAUACCGAGGCUGCCACUACUUCUAAAUGUGAAGACACCUACAAGAAAAUGGAAUCUCUGCGUUCUGCUCUGUAAUUUUAAACAGCACUUGCAUUUUCUUAGUAAAUCUGUUCAAUGCAGUAAAGUUAUAUUACCCUAUACUAAUUAAUCAUCAUUUAAUUUUCACUGAAAUAACAUCAUGUCUAUUGUGAGAAAUUUCAUGAUUACCUUGUUUAUUAUCAUAGCACAAUUAUUUGACAAAUUUUGUGGUUCUAUUAUUUGUGUUAGUGUUAUGUUUAAAAGUUUGUCAGACUGCCAUUGUUAGCAUACCUGAUUGUUGGCUUACUUUAACACAGAAUAGUUGUUUAAAUGUUAUUAAAUGUUUUCGAUUCUAUAUGAAACUUGUUUCAUUUGAUUGACUGAUAAUGAUUUAUGUUAUAGACUGGUAAAAUAGUUGCUUUAUAGCCUGGAAGCUUCAUUCUAAAUUUUUAAAAAGAAACCAUUUGUCUAGUGUGGUGUAACAUUGUUAAAAAUUGGAAAUAAAACUUAUUUUAAGUUUUUACUUUUAUUUUAAGCUUUUUAUACUUUGAUUGAUAUGAAAAUUUAUUCAUAGAUACCGGUAUCCUAAACAUUUAUUUUUAUACCACAAUUAAAAUGUUUGCUUAAAAACAAGGAAAUGUAAUUUAAUUU